AUGCACCGUUUUGAUGACAGCGUCAUGGCCGUGCGACGCCAUGCAGGCAACAUUCAAGCUCUCGGAGAAGUCAGAGCUAUCAUCACUCAGGAAGACGAACUAGUCUUGUGCACCGGCGUACGCUCGCAUUUCUUCCAGACUGUAUCGAACGAUUGGGCCAUCUAUCCACACCCACCUAGAUGCAUUCGAGCUGUCGUACCAAGGUGGAACAUUGAUAUCAGAGAAGACGGCGUAGUGGUCGACAGGUGGACGCUCGGAUUCAAUUCCUGGGAGGCACAUGAAGAAUUUGGUGAAAUUGUAUUUGACUGCUGGUGGGCCAGCCGUGGUGCCGCUUCACGCUGUGUUAUAGAUGACAGUGAGACCGAGUAUUUGCCGUUGUAUAAUGAGGAUGAGGACGAGGACGACGCAAACGGCGGCAUAGGCAUUCCAAGGAAUGUCUUCUGUAGUUUCCCCAUUGAUACAGUGAUCGCACCCCGUGAAGGGUGGGCUGGUCGGGAUAUGCAAACCGAUUCGGGCAGGCUCACGUUGAGCUCAGCAGCUAACGGUGACAGAGCCUCAUUAAUUACUAAGACAGAAGGACUUAAACCAAGCGACGGUGCAUUUAUUGGGUUUUUGGGAGGGCUUCUGGUGCCUCCCUCGACCGUUGUACCCGUGUAUAUGCCCGGUGUAUCCGAAUCCCCUCCGAUGUGUGUGGAAGUGGAGUUGACCUCAACGAGCUCGACAGGUGUAUUGCAAGGAGAGGCCCUGGUUGUGCCGGGGUACACGAGCCGGGCAAGGAUGUAUGGAGAUAAGGCGGUUGAGGUGAGAGGAGGACGUGCACACAUUGACAACGAUGGGGGUUUGCGGGUGGGCCGAGAAGUUGCGGGGAAGGAAAUCAAGGAGGCUGUAUGGCUGAGUGCUGGCUUUGUUACUUCCACUGACAAUACCCUAGUCUCGCCAUCUGCAACGUUGUCAGGGUUUUCGUGCGGGCUCCCUGUGGCAGCUUACCUGAGUCUCUACACUUACGGAUUCACUACCAAGGUGGCGCUCAGCUACACGUUGAUUGCAGCGCGGGCCAACGUCUGCAAGCCUUUCUGCACCAUGGUCUCCCUUGUCAUAUCCCUGCUCGAGCGUAAACUUCCUUCGCCAACGUUGUCGCUUGCUUCUCCUACACCGCAAGGUUGCGAUAGAUUUCGCUACCUUCAACGCACCCAUGAACGCGUGUUCACCACUACCGUUGCAUCCACUCCUUUCUCAUUCGCCGGCAGGAAGGCUGCUUUUCAUUUACUAAAACGACGAAGUCCGCCAAAUGCCAGCCAUGGGAAGGAUAAAAAAUGCAAGAGGAGGGCUCUUCCUAGUACUCCCAAACUUAUCCUAUCGUAUGGAUGCUGCCUGAACGGUCAUGGCCCGUCGAAACGAUUCAUGGGUUCUACAUAUGUAAUGAGGAACGCGCUCGUUGUACAGGCUUGCUCCGUCGCACUUGUGGAACGGCAGGCUCCUGAGGAAAUCAGAGUAGAAGGACUAGAAUCAAUUGCAUCUAGCCCUGAUAUUUUCCCUUUCACGAGAUGUCAAGGCAUCUCAACGGACUGUGAAAGCAACAGCAGUCCCGAGACUGUCCGUGACCAUCAUCACAUCAGCACCACGAUCGCAUCGCUCACCGUGUCGCCAAAUCUCGCUGCGGAAGAGCUGACGGCUAGCGAGGCCGAGGACGGUUUUGAUUUCGAGGUCCUCACGUCUUUAAGCAUCGAGGACUUGGAAGGCUUUGAAGAAGACUCAGAGCAGCAAGACCAUCCUGACACCACUAACGGUGAUACCGCCGCCUUUUCCGAGGUGAUUCGUGUGCUGAAAGGCAACCUCACUUGCAUGAUAUGCUCUGAGUGGUUGAGCGACCCGUACAUAUUGCGUAACUGCGGGCAUUCUGUUUGCAAACGCUGCUACCUCUCCAUGAUGUAUACCACGACUCGAGACCACGUUGCGGCUCGUACUCGCUUCAUCCUCCCUGAUCAUCACAGAGGCAACUUCAGUAACGAGGUCAUUGAGCAUAUUAUGGGCGUCUGUUCAGGGGCGUUGACGGCGGCUGGGUUGCCCCAGCCCGAACUCAAAUGCCCUGGGUGUCGCGCACGCGUUACUUUCAAGCCCAUUCCUAACAUAGCCCUGCGGAAUCUGGCAGAAGAGACGUGGAACAUCUUGUUGCAAGUCAGGGAUAAUUAG